ACGUGUGAACAUGUGUGUGUGUGUUUGUGUCGCUGCUGCCCCCUGUCGGCCCCUGCAGGUGGUCCACCGGGGCGACAGGGGGCGCUGUUGGCUGCGGCAGGUGGUCCACCGGGGCGACAGGGGGCGCUGUUGGCUGGGGCAGGUGGUCUACCGGGGCGACAGGGGGCGCUCUCUGGUCACCGGGCGUUCUGCAGCGCACACGUCACCCCUGCUGCCUUCCCGCCGCAUAGAGAUCUGAAUCUAAGAGGAAAGGGAGUGAAAUUCCGCUCAAAAAUGGGUUUCGUCAAAGUGGUUAAAAACAAGUCCUACUUCCGGAGGUAUCAAGUGAAAUUCAGGAGGCGACGAGAGGGAAAAACCGACUUCUUCGCCCGGAAGCGCCUCGUUGUGCAGGACAAAAACAAGUACAACACGCCGAAGUACCGCAUGAUCGUCCGGCUGUCCAACCGGGACAUCUGCUGUCAGAUUGCCUACGCAAAGAUUGAAGGAGACCAGAUUGUGUGUGCGUCCUACUCCCACGAGCUCCCCAACUACGGCAUCGCAGUAGGCCUCACGAACUACGCUGCGGCCUACUGCACCGGGCUGCUGCUGGCCCGCAGGCUGCUGCACAAGUUCGGCAUGGACCAGGUGUACGAGGGCCAGGUGGAGGUGACGGGAGAGGAGUUCAACGUGGAGAGCAUUGACGGACAGCCGAGUGCCUUCACCUGUUACCUGGACGCGGGCCUCACCAGAACCACCACAGGGAACAAGGUGUUCGGGGCGCUGAAGGGAGCAGUAGACGGAGGACUGGCAAUUCCCCACAGUCUAAAACGAUUCCCCGGCUACGACACGGAGAGCAAAGACUUCAGCGCGGAUGUGCAUCGGAAACACAUCAUGGGCAUGAACGUGGCCGACUACAUGUCGUAUCUGAUGGAGGAGGACGAGGACGCCUACAAGAAACAGUUCUCCCGCUUCAUCAAGAACGGAGUCACGCCAGACGCAGUUGAGGAAAUGUACAAAAAAGCACACGCAGCCAUUCGAGCAAACCCAGCCCACGUAAAGAAACCCACAAAAGACAUCAAAAAGAAGAGGUGGAAUCGCGCCAAGUUGUCUCUGGCACAGAGGAAGGACCGCGUCGCCCAGAAAAAAGCCAGCUUCUUAAGAGCACAAGAACAAGAGGCAGGGGACGGUUAGGGGCUCUGCUGCAACAACACACAUCUCACAGACAAAUAAAUUUAUUUCAAACUCAA